GCCGCGGGGCGGGCUGGGAUUUGUAGUUUUGAUACUAGAUACUCCUGUUUUCCUCCCGUUUUCUUCCUCCAGACUUUCACCUCUGGGGACCCAGCGAGGUUUUUCCAGGCAAAACAACAAAGUAGGUAACCCUAGCCAUUCCCUGGUUUCUCACUGUGACCCAUUUAAGCAUUCUCUCACCCGAACAUCCCUAAUUAAAAAUUAGGUAAGUCUGACCCUGGCCGGGUGGCUUCAGUUGGUUGGAGCAUCAUCCCCUGAGCUAAAAGGUUGCGGGUUCGAUUGUGGGCAGGACACAUACCUGGGUUGCCGGUUUGAACCCCGGUGGGGGCGUGUGCGGGAGGCGACCCAUCGAUGUUUCUCUCUCUGUCUCUCUCUCCCCCUUCCUCUCCUAAUAUAAUUAAUAAGAAGCAUAUCCUCCGGUAAGAAUUUUUUAAAAAUGCUCCAACCAACUCAAGCAUCAGAUAGCCAGAGUUCAAGUCUUUUACUCACCAUGUUAUUUUGGCAGUUAUUUAUCCUUUCUGUGCACCAGUUUACUCAGUUACAAUAUGGAAAUUGUAAUAACAGUGUCUACUUCAUAUGGAGAUAAGAAUACUAUUUACCUUAUAAACUUGUACUGAGAUUUAAUAGAGUUAAUAUGGAAAGGGCUUAAAACAAUAUUAUGUACAGAGUCGGUGCAAUGUGUCAUCUCUGAGUAUUGGGUGGACAAGAAAGGCCUUUCUGAAGAGGUAACAUUUAAGACUUUAGAGAGGAAAACUAUAGGGAAAAUAUGCUGUUUCUUGUUGAAAAAAACUUCCAAGUGAGCAAAAGAUACUACUGUUGUUUGACUUUUUUUUAAAAAUUACAGUCCUUUUUGGAAAGCUGGCAAUUCACUUUUCAUCUCUGAACCUCAGUAACUGGGAAUGAAUCUUACCCAAAAUACCUUCUCAACAUUGGGACGGAGGACAAAUAAAGUGCUUGAAAAGAAGGUGUCACCAGCAUCAUUGGUUCCCUUGCUGAUAAGUUAGUGAACAGGCGGCUCUCUUAAGCAGCUCUGGGCUUCCAUCUUCAUAUCUCACCCAGAAACCAUUUCCAACAGCCGCUGGAACUGAAACUAUCCCAGCCCCUCUAGGAUAUCCCACAAUCAGGUCACCCACGUGGACGCCCAACCUCCAGCAUUUCUCUUAACACCAUGAAGCAGCUGCCAGUCUUGGAGCCUGGAGACAAGCCCAGGAAAGCAACAUGGUACACGCUGACCCCCGCUGGAGACAGCCCAUGUGCUCGGGUUGGCCACAGCUGCUCGUAUUUACCCCCCGUUGGUGAUGCCAAGAGAGGGAAGGUCUUCAUUGCUGGGGGAGCAGAUCCAAACAGGAGCUUCUCCGAUGUGCACACCAUGGACCUGGAAACACACCAGUGGGACUUGGCCACCUCGGAGGGCCUCUUGCCCCGGUAUGAGCAUGCCAGCUUCGUUCCCUCCUGCACACCUAACAGCAUCUGGGUGUUUGGAGGUGCCAACCAGUCAGGAAAUCGAAAUUGCCUACAAGUUCUGAAUCCUGAAACCAGGACUUGGACCACGCCAGAGGUGACCACCCCCCGACCAUCCCCACGAACAUUCCACACAUCAUCGGCAGCCAUUGGAAACCAGCUGUAUGUCUUUGGGGGCGGAGAGAAAGGCACCCAGCCUGUGCAGGAUGUGAAGCUUCAUGUGUUUGACGCAAACACUCUGACCUGGUCACAGCCAGAGACACUUGGAAAACCUCCAUCCCCCCGGCAUGGUCAUGUGAUGGUGGCAGCAGGGACGAAGCUCUUCAUCCAUGGAGGCUUGGCAGGGGACAGAUUCUUUGAUGAUCUUCAUUGCAUUGAUAUAAGUGACAUGAAGUGGCAGAAACUAAGUCCCACUGGGGCAGCUCCCACAGGCUGUGCUGCCCACUCAGCUGUGGCUGUGGGGAAACACCUGUAUGUCUUCGGAGGGAUGACUCCUACAGGAGCACUGGACACAAUGUACCAAUAUCACACAGAGAAGCAGCACUGGACCUUACUUAAAUUUGAUACUUCUCUACCCCGGGGACGAUUGGACCAUUGCAUGUGUGUCAUUCCAUGGCCAGUGAUGUGCACUUCUGAGGAAGAUCCAAAUCCUGUCACUCUGAACUGUGAUGCUGAGAAAGGGGACUCCGCUGAUGGAGUGACCCAAGCUGGUGACUCACAUGAGGAAAGUCAGACUGACUCACUGCUCUGUUUUGUGUUUGGUGGGAUGAAUACCGAAGGGGAAAUCUAUGAUGAUUGUAUUGUGACUGUAGUUGACUAAUAAAACCCACCAUUUUUGAUA